AAAACAAUGGCUAUCCACAUUAGCAAAAUUUCCAUUUUGCUCAUUAUAUCCCUAAUUUCCAUUUCCCUUUCAUAUCAAACAAUUGCAAAUGACCUAAAUGUAGACAAAGCAAAUGUGAAAAAUGUUGUUACUUCCCUCAUGGUUUCAUCCAUUGCGAAAACGGAGGAAUUUUUAAAAACAAUUAUUUUGACACGUUUAGCUAUCGCGAUAGAAGCUCCUAAAAAGAGUUGUCUCGAAACCUGCAAAGAAGUGUACGAAAGCGCAGUUGAUGCCAUGAAAAGUACAUUAAAAGAGGUAAAUGAAGGAAAUUAUUAUGAAGCAAAUGUGGAUGUUAGUGCUGUGGGAUCAAAUAUGGAAACAUGUAAAGAUUGUAUUAAUGAGAUAUAUGGAGAUGAUCCUGAAUUUACAAAAUUUGAUAAUUGGUCACAUGGUGUUAUUGUUGAUGCUUCUUAUAGAAUCACUAGUGUCAUCAAUUAA